AUGGAGAUUGUUCCAAAUGAAGCGGCCAUCACUGCGGGUGGUGGUGUUGGCAUUAGUAUCGGCAAUAGCGGCGACGUUGUUGUUGGUGGUGUUUGGAUUGGUGGAGGAAUCGGCAAUACCCAAACUCCUCCUUCAGGUCCUUCGGUGUCAAAGCUGAGCGGUGCUUACACUGCUCUCCAAGCAUGGAAAUCUGCAAUCACUGACGACCCAUUGGGGAUUUUGAAGACUUGGGUUGGCUCAGAUGUGCGUGCUUAUAAAGGGGUGUUUUGUGCUAUGGAUUCUGAUUCUGAAACAUUUGUUGCUGCCAUAGCUCUCAACCAUGCAAAUCUCCAAGGCAUUCUUGUUAGUGAAUUCUCUGUUCUUACAGAUGUUUCGAUCAUUCAUCUUAACAGCAACAGGUUCUCAGGCACCGUUCACGACACUUUCAGAGGCCUUUCAUCGCUUCAAGAGUUGGAUCUCGGUAACAAUCACCUCUCGGGUCCUUUCCCUACAGUCACUCUAUAAAUUCCAAAUCUUGUUUAUUUGGACCUUAGGUUCAACAGCUUCUCGGGACCCGUCCCUCAAGAUCUAUUCAACAAGGGGCUAGAUGCAAUCUUCCUCGACAACAGCCAGUUCGAGGGUGAAAUCCCUUAAAAUAUGGGGAAUUCUCCUGCUUCGGUGAUAAACUUGGCGAACAACAAAUUCAGUGGGAACAUCCCAGCUAGUUUUGGCUUCACGAGUUCAAAAUUGAAGGAGAUUUUGCUUCUCAAUAACCAGUUAUCAGGCUGCAUUCCACAAGGCGUUGGAUGUUCUCAGAGA